CAGGUGCAGAGAGGUCAGAGGUCAUCAUGGUCAGACAGAGUCGCAGGAGGGACAGGUGUUUCCUUCCUGCAGCAGAGGGCGGCGUGGCGAAGGUUCGAUUCCCUCGGAGCCCGGAUCAGAAGGUUCUGCCUCCAGCUCAGCAGGUGUAUAAACCUAACCCCCCUCCCCCUCCUGCUGCUGAUCCAUCUCACCAAUUGAACGUUUGUUUCCAGGCUUCAGCAUCCGGAAGCUGCGACAUGCGGCCCUGCAGUACCGCCACAGCGGGGGAAAAGAGAGCGAAGGAUGGGCGGAGCCGAGCCGGAGGCCAGGGUUCUGCUGGAGGUUCAGGGGAGACUCAGAUGAAGAGAAGCAGACAGAACGGAAACCAGGUGGCUGCGGUUGUUCUCUGCGGACCCAAAGCCCCCGGGUCAUGUGACCCAGCUGGAGAUGUUUCUGGUUCUGAGCAGCAGGGGGCAGCAGAGGAAAGCCGAGCGGCUCAGCUGCAGAGCGUGGGCUCCCUGAAGGUCACCAUCCAGCAGAGCAGCGACAGCAGGGCGUUUGGCCACGCCCACCCACACCCGGCUCCUCUCCACUGCCAUGUCUGUAAGCUCACCUGUGGCUCCCAGCAGGACUUCCAGGACCACAUGACCGGGUCAGAACACCUGAGGAAGCUGCAGGACGUCACCCAAAGCAUCCGGCUGAAUGCACACCCCCUGCUGGACAGAGGGCGCCGACCUCAGACACAGCGCUGGUGUGACACCUGCCAGAGCCACUUCACUGGUGACAUCAUCGUCCACAGAAGGACAGCCCAGCACAAGGUGUGCAAACAGCGGGGGCGGCCCUUCUGUCCAGUCUGCCACAGACACUUCAGGACCCCCAGGAAGUUUGUGGAGCACAUGAAGUCUGCAGAGCACAAGGAGCAGGUGCAGCUGGAGGAGGAGCAGGAAGAGGAGCUCAUCACUGUUGAUGCUGUGGGCUGCUUCCAGGAGGAGGAGGAGGUGGAGGUGGUAGAUGAUGAUGAUGAUGAUGAAGAUGAGGAGCGGUCUGAGACUGUUGAUUCCAAGGAGCAGGAGGAGGAGUUCGACCCCCAGCGGACCUACGGAAGCAGCUUCGUGGUUCCGGUUCAUGGAUUCGUUUGUCUGCUCUGCAAAAAGUUCUUCUACAGAGAGACGGCAGCUCGCCACACACACUGCAGGACGCACACACACUACCAGAACCUGCAGGUCCUCAAGCAACCUCACCACCCAUUGUUGACGCCAUCUGGUUCUUGGUCACCUGCUGGUUCCAACCUUCCUCCAUCUACCAGUGACAGAGCCACUGACAUCAUAGGGACCUUCACAGCAGCAGAUGUUUUUGGAUCCUUCUGCAGAGGCGGCUUGAAAUGACCGAACCCCACCGAGCCAAAUUACUGCCGUCUGCCUGACGGAGGGAGGAUGACAUCAGCAGGCUGCCGGCCAAUCAGGCGGGAUCUCCUGCAGGUCAGGUGACCCUGCCGUCCUGCAGGUAACAUCCUAUGUUUCUCUGAACAUUUCUGAUGCAGAGAAACAGGACCGUCCACUUUCCUCACUGACCUGCUCCGACCAAUCACAGACCUCCUUCCUCUGCAGCUGGACCUCACAGAGUGCUGGAGACCCGGCUGGUUCUGGUCCAAACGGGUUCCCUUUGCAGCUGGACCUCACAGAGUGCUGGAGACCCGGCUGGUUCCGGUCCAAACGGGUUCCCUUUGCAGCUGGACCUCACAGCGUGCUGGAGACCCGGC